AUGCUGCCUCACCCGGCCUCGCACUCGCAUGAGGGCUUCGCAGGUCGAUUGCUGGUUCAUCGCCAAAGAGCUGUCGCCUUCCACCAAACCCUGAGAAAGCUGCAGCCAACCGUCGACACUGCUACUCCCGAGAAGUCAGCUAAUGAUGAGCAUCUAGCGCAGUAUGCCCCAGCUCAAAAUGGUAUCCUAUCGAUUGUUCCCAAGUCCUGGGUCCCCUAUGGCGAACUCAUCCGCAUCGACAAGCCUGCCGGAACCUACUACCUGUUCUUCCCAUGCCUCUUCUCUACGCUCCUAGCGGCGCCAAUGGCAGAGCCUAUGGCCUCCUUCUCCUCAGUCGCCGCCACGACGGCUCUGUUCUUCAGCGGCGCAUUGAUCAUGCGUGGCGCCGGCUGCACCAUUAAUGACCUCUGGGAUAGAAACCUCGAUCCGCACGUCAGGAGGACCCGGCUACGGCCGAUUGCGCGGGGUGCAAUCACGCCGUUCCAAGGAGUCGUAUUCACCGGAGUUCAGUUACUCGCCGGGCUGGCUGUCUUGGUUCAGUUUCCAUUACCCUGCCUUGCCUAUGGCAUACCGAGCCUGGCCCUGGUCCUCACAUAUCCGCUGGCAAAGCGAGUUACCUACUAUCCUCAAUUUGUCCUGGGCUUGGCCUUCUCUUGGGGUGCGAUCAUGGGCUUUCCGGCACUUGGUAUCGACCUACUUUCAAAUCAUUCCGCGCUCAUUGCCGCAGCAUGUCUCUAUACCUCGAACAUUGCCUGGGUCGUCCUAUACGACAUGAUAUACGCUCAUAUGGACAUCAAGGAUGAUGCAAACGCAGGCAUCAAGAGCAUUGCUCUAAAGCACGAGCACCAGACCAAGCAGGUCCUCACUGGGCUAGCUAUUGCUCAAGUAGCUUUGCUGGGCUCAGCUGGGAUGGCUGCGGGAGCCGGCCCCAUCUUCUUCCUCGGCAGCUGCGGCGGAGCCCUCGUAACGCUGGGCAUCAUGAUCAAGCGCGUGAAUCUCAAGAGCGUGCGGGAUUGCUGGUGGUGGUUUGUCAACGGCUGUUGGAUCACAGGGGGCGCCAUCAGCCUCGGUAUGGCUGCGGAUUAUGUCUCUCGCUCUCUUAAGGAAGCUGAGCCCGAGUCCGCCGCGGCGGAGGACACAAAGCUCCAUGCCUGA